AGGAGGCAGCGGGCCGGGGAGGAUGCUCACGCCGGCUGUCGGGGGCCGUGUCAGCGGGUUGGCGGAGCGGCGGUGCUGCUCGGCCUAGCCUCGCCUCUCUCUCUCCUCGCUCUCUCGUCGCAGCGGUUUUGUUUCCAGGUCAGAAUCCGGGUUUCCUGUGCGGCUGGUUUGUACUGAAAAUGGCCGGAGAUGGCGGCGCUCUGAAGGAUAUCAAUGAGAUUAAAUCCCAGUUCCGGACCAGAGAGGGCUUCUACAAGCUGCUCACCCUCUCGGACUCGCAGCAGCGGGGCGGGCUGCCGCGGGGUCCGUCCUCCGGAGCCACGCUGGGCCCCGGGGCCGGACCCGGUCCGAUACCCGGCGGAGGGGUCGGGCUGCUGCAGGGGCCCGGGGCUGCCGCCGCCGCCGCCGCAGCCGCGGCCGCCGCCGCCGCCUCGUCCUCCUCCAACGCCGCGGCCAACUCCUCUCCGGCGGGCUUCCUGCCGCCGGUGCGCGUGUCCAUGGUCAAGCUGCAGCCCGAGGACCCGGGCGAGGAGUCGGAGCGCGUGUGCUUCAACAUCGGCCGGGAGCUGUACUUCUACACCUACACCAACAUCAAGAAGGCUGUGGACCUCAGCAAGCCGAUAGACAAGAGGAUCUAUAAGGGCACUCAGCCCACCUGCCACGACUUCAACCAGUACUCGGCCACGGCGGAGAGCGUUGCUCUGAUCGUGGGUUUCUCGGCCGGACAGGUCCAGUACCUCGAUCCCAUCAAGAAGGAGACCAGUAAACUCUUCAAUGAGGAGAGGUUGAUAGACAAGUCCAAGGUGACGUGUCUGAAAUGGCUUCCCAAGUCGGAGAACCUGUUCCUGGCCUCCCACGCCAGCGGCCACCUCUACCUCUACAACGUGGACCACCCGUGCGGCACCACGGCGCCGCAGUACUCUCUGCUGCGGCAGGGCGAAGGCUUCGCCGUCUACGCCUGCAAGACCAAGACCCCGCGGAACCCCCUGCUGCGGUGGGCCGUCGGGGAGGGGGGUCUCAACGAGUUUGCGUUCUCCCCGGACGGCGUGCACGUGGCGUGCGUGGGUCAGGACGGCUGCCUGCGCGUCUUUCACUUCGACUCCAUGGAGCUGCAGGGCGUCAUGAAGAGCUACUUCGGAGGACUGCUGUGCGUCUCGUGGAGCCCCGAUGGGAAAUACCUGGCCACGGGGGGAGAGGACGACCUGGUGACCGUCUGGUCGUUUGCGGAGAGCCGCGUGGUGGCGAGGGGCCACGGCCACAAGUCUUGGGUCAACGUGGUGGCGUUCGACCCCUUCACCACCUCCCUGGAGGACGAAGAGCCCAUGGAGCUCAGCGGCAGUGAGGAGGACCUCCAUCAGGGGGCGCCAAACAACUCCAUGCACUUUGGGCGGGUUCGAACCAGCAGCACGCUGUCGCGCCUUUCUCGGCACAGCUCUAAGGGCGGCGGCUCGGCGGCCGUCACGUACCGGUUCGGCUCGGUGGGGCAGGACACCCAGUUCUGCCUGUGGGACCUGACGGACGACGUGCUGUACCCCCGCCUGCCGCUGUCCCGCGCCUUCACUAACACUUUCGGACCCUCGCUGUCCAAUUCUGGCAGCGGGGGCGUCAACAGCACGUCGGGCGGGGGGGGCAGCGGGGGGGUGGAGGGACACCAUCACCCGCCCAACACCACCACCGGCACCGCCAACCCGCCCACGCUUCCCUUGCCGCUCCCUCGCUCCCUUUCGCGCUCCAACUCCCUGCCUCACCCCGCCGUGGCGAACGCCUCCAAGGGCCAGGGUGCCUCUGAGGGUGGAGGUGGAGGCGGAGGAGGGGGAGGGAGCAGCGGCGCCGGGAACAGCACCCCGUUCAGCAUCGGCCGCUUCGCCACGCUGUCCCUCCAGGAGCGCAAGUCGGACAAGUCCGGCGGCGGCGGCGGCGUGGAGAAGGAGCACAAGCGGUACCACAGUCUGGGCAACAUCAGCAAGAGCAACGACAAGAUCAACGUGGCGCCGAGGAGCAACCGGCUGGACGCCGCCAAGGUGCUGGGCACCACGCUGUGCCCGCGCAUGCACGAGGUGCCGCUGCUGGAGCCGCUGGUCUGCAAGAAGAUCGCGCACGAGAGGCUGACGGUGCUGGUGUUCAUGGACGACUGCAUCAUCACCGCCUGCCAGGAAGGCCUCAUCUGCACCUGGGCCCGGCCCGGCAAGGCGAACUUGACAGCACAGAACGGGAACUCUCCGAGCGGCACGGUGGUAUAGCUGGAGGAGAAGCUUUGCACUCGUCCCCCCUCGUCCCGUCUCCUCCAUCUGCCAUCUUCUCCCUCUCCACUCUUAAAAAUGUCAAAUCUGGGGCCAACAAGCAGCAGAGAGUCCAGCCCACCUGCCACUGCAGUAUUAUCCCCUCAGUACCGCCCCCCGAUGGUGGGAAACGCCUCCUGAAACCUGAAAAACAUGAAGAGAGUUACUGUUAACCAUCUGCGACGUCCAGCAACAAACACAAAUAAAGGCAGAAGUGCAUGAAUUUAGCUUGUACUCCUUUAACGACGCGGUCACCACCUGGAGACACCUUUUACCAGGAAAGACCAGACGUGUGUGAAGGUGUGUUCACCUGAAAGCUGCUGUCUGUACGGUGCAGCACAUAGAGUUUGGUUUCCAGGACUCAGACCGGGGGAGACGGGUUAGUUUCACCCCUCUGAUGACGGGUUGUUUCUUCAGCAUUGGUUCGUCCCGUAGAUACGGUGCUGUCAGGCUCUCCUCCACCUCCUCCACACAUCAUUAAUGAUGCAUGAUGUAUAAUCGCUGCAGCUGACCUGAAAUCAGCUGUUCAUGUUGUCUGAUCAGAGUGUAGAAGCUACAAAUCUGGAGUACAGCCGUCCCUAGGCCAAUCCCACAGCCUGGACUGGCUGCUUCUAGAGAUAAUUUUGCAUUGAUAGCUUUAAAUGAAAGCUGCAGGAAAACCAUGUAAUUUCUGUUUUCUGAUGAAGCAGCUCCACUUGAACCUGCUGCUGUUGAAAUGUCUCUUCAUCCAUAGGAAGAUGUUUCACUGAACUCCAGCAAACAGGAGUUUAAAGGAAACGUAACUGAACAGCAGCUUUGGCUAAUGCUAAUGCUAAGGCUAACAGUGGAUUGAAUGAGGCGAUCGGAGAGAGGCAGCAGCUGAAAACGGCUCUCUAACUGACACUAAUGGCGUCUUAUUAAUCUUCUACUAGUUCACUCGUCCUGGAAGUGGCGUGAUAUUUAAUGGCCUGUUUUUGUCUGUACUGCAGACAACCUCACCCCCUCCUCCUGCUUCCUGCCUCUCUUCAUGGCCGCUGCUGUACCUGCCACGGCCUGUUGAGGGCGCCGUCAAUGUGACAGGAAACCAAGUCUUCCUCCAUGUCAGUGGGACUGAGGACAGCUCCUCUGUCCUGAUCCCUUCAGAGAAGCUGAAGCCCUUCAGAAUAAAACUGAAAACGUCCAGAGGAAGUGACUGCACCUGUGGCUGUGCUGCAGCGCCCCUGGUGGCCAAGCGAAGAGCAACACUUAUUAUUCACCCAACAUAUAAAUUUCACCUCUUUUUGAGACACGGUUGGUUCUUUAAUGGUGAGUUGAUCUCGGUUACUUUCAUUGGUGGUAGAAUUAGUUCCUUUCUGCUCCGGCCGAGCGACUCUUCAUGGUUUUCAGGAGGAGUUUCCCACUGUGGGAUUAAACUGUAUUCCCCCGAGCUUCAGCCCUGUUGGUUGUCUGAGGAAAGACUGUAUUGACCCUGUCCUGAGGCAGCGGGAAUCGAACCGCAGGCCAGUCCUCGCUCCGCCCCUCCCUCCCUCUUCCAUGCAAGAGACACUGCGUAAGCCACGGCCAUUGUAUUUAAGUUAUUUAUUUUGUCACAGGACUGUGUAGUAAUUUAUAUUGUAAAUAAUGAAAAUACUCUAUAAAUAUGACAAAGACAAGCGUGUGAAGAACCUGAGCGGGCAGCAGCCGAGCCACGACCGAGCCGGAGGGGAGGAGACGGAGAAGAAUAUUAAUAUAUGAAGAUCCUUCUAUUGUACAUAGCAACCACACAGUUAUAAACUGAAUGUCUGCUGUUUUAGGGAACUUGAAGAUGUCAGUGUGUUUUUAUUUGGUGUGAUAGAGUUUCUCCGACGCGUCCAUCGGAGGGGGCCAGUGGGGCCCUGUCGGGGUGCUUCGAGGGCCCCGUGGGGGCUCCCGGGCGCCACAGACCAAGAUCUUCCUGCUAGGUUUCAACAAUCACUGACCUUCCCCAGACACACACACACACACACACACACACACACUGCUGCACAUCUCCAACAACAAAUCGGCUCUCUCUCUCUCACACGCACACACACACACACACACACACUCACACACACACACGACCCCCUGACGGUGUAGCAUCAUGUAUACUGUGUCUUCAUUCCUGUUGCACCUGAAUUGCCUCUUGCAAAAAUUUGCACAUCCAAUAAAUCCACGCCUCAUCCCGAGC